CGCUCUUCUGGUUUGUUUUGUUCUAACAGCUACCUUCAUUUGUGACUUUGUGGUGUUGUAAUCGAAACCACCAGCUGAGAUCAAGAUCAAGACUAACAAUCACAGACUAUUUCAUCCAUUCCAUUCAUUCGUCGCCAUGGGAGCAACGGAAUCAUCCGAAUCAUCAGCCGGAACGGGACACCCCGACACCAGCACCAGCACCAGCGUCUCCGCGGAGGAUCACAGCGUGGACCGUCGCGUAUUCAUCAGUGACCACAGCGUCCACAGCAGUGUCAACGUAAACGACGACCACAGCGUCAGAAAUGAUUUUAGUAUUAGGGACAGUGAUUACAUUGGCAGCGAGGGUCGGGUGGAGGUAACGACUGGUCGGGGAGGAGGUAACGUGAACAUAAGCGGGGCCUCAGGUUUCACGGGCAAUAUAAACAUAGGCACGCAUAUCAGCUCUGCAAGGCAGCCUCGGACCAUCCGCAUUUAUUACUCCGAGAAGUUGAUGGAGAGGGGAGACUUUGUGGAGGGGGAAGGAGGAAGUGGGGGAGGGAAGUUUAGGGGCACUCUGCCCUUCCUGAAGGUCUCGGUUCCGCCACGCAAGAUCAAAUAUGUCACUGUCUGUUUAGAGAGUAGCAGGGGUAAGUUUGACAAGAUGAUUGUGGAAAAUUACAAUGUGUCUGACCCUGAAAAUAAAAAUGUGUCUCCUGCUGCUGUUCCUAAGCCUGCAGACGAUAAGGAAAAAACUGAAAGAACGAUGGUUUCUCCUGAAUAGUUACAAACUAAUUCUUCACUGUCUUUUCUUUUGGUGUGUUGUACUGUUGUUACACCACUAUGGAAUA